AAGAAGAAAAAGAAAGAUAAAAACUCAGCAAGCGGUCCAACAGUGCACCUGGUUUGUUAUUAUUAGUACUUAUAAUUAUUAUUAUUAUUAUUAUUAUUUUGUGUUUGUUCUUAAAAAAAUAAAAUAAAAUAAAAUUAAUAAUCAUGUCUCCAUUCCAAGAUCUCAGCUUUGCUUUCCCAAUUUCUUUACAUAAUUAGGGCUAUAUUGGGAUCUCUGUCUCUUGGAAAAUUCUUCCAUUUCUGACGUGACGCCUUUCGAUUUACUCCUGAAUUCAUGCUUUUUCUUACUCCAAUUCUGCUUUGAACUCUCCCAUGGAGUCCAUCUUCACCUACAAUGGCGCCCCAGAUUCUCUCCUCGCCAUUUACUUCGCUUUCGGCUUCGUCCUCGCCAGGUUCUUUCUUGAUAGAUUCAUAUUCCGUAGGUUGGCCUUCCGGUUGUUGAGCAAUGGAUCUAUUUCCUCAAAGAUUAAUGAGGGUAUGCAAGCAAAGAUUGCAAAAUGCUCGGAGUCUAUGUGGAAGUUAACAUACUAUGCCACUGUCGAAGCAUGCAUUCUCAAAAUUUCCUAUAAUGAACCAUGGUUUCGAGAUACAAAUGAGUUCUUUAAAGGCUGGCCAGAUCAGGAGUUAAAGCUUCCAUUGAAGCUAUUCUAUAUGUGUCAAUGUGGAUUCUACAUGUACAGCAUAGCUGCCCUUCUUGCGUGGGAGACUCGAAGGAAGGAUUUUUCAGUAAUGAUGUCUCAUCAUGUAAUAACCGUUAUCCUGAUCGGGUUCUCAUACUUUACAAGGUUUUUUCGGAUAGGAUCAAUUAUCCUAGCUCUGCAUGAUGCAAGUGACGUGUUUAUGGAAGCCGCAAAGGUUUUCAAGUAUUCAGAAAAGGAGCUGGGAGCAAGUGUGUUCUUCGGAUGUUUUGCUGUUUCGUGGCUCAUACUGCGGCUUAUAUAUUUCCCCUUUUGGAUCAUAAGAUCGUCAAGCUACGACCUCUGCAAGUACUUGAGACUGUCAGAGGCGUUUCACCGAUUCAUGUACUACGUUUUCAAUACUAUGUUACUUAUGCUACUUGUCUUCCACAUAUACUGGUGGGUCCUCAUAUGUGCGAUGAUCCAAAGACAGCUGAAAAAUAGAGGAAAAGUUGGAGAAGAUAUUAGAUCUGAUUCAGAAGACGAUGAUUAAAUGAAAGAUUUUGUACCGGUGGUUUGGGUUUCGGGUUUCGGCCUGCCCUUGGCAACUGUUUUUUGAUGAAAGAUGUUGUACUAAAGAAAGUGGUUGUUUCCUGUAGGGAAGGAAGGGCUUUCAUUCACUUUUGUUCUUUUUUUUUUCCAAAUGAUUCUUGAGCUAGUUAGUGCUGAGAUGACCAGAGAUAAAAACUUUUCAGUGUAUAAAUAAUAGGCAAUUCUUGUAUAAUUUGUUUGGCUAGAUAUUAUUUUUGUUCAAGAAUUACUGGUCAAAUUCAAAUAUAAUGGAAUUAAUUCUUUAUAUGAAUGUAAACAUAUUUAGAUUUACAUAAUCAGAUUAGAUGAUAUUUUUUUGA